UCUCCGGAUCCGGAAGUCGAUGAGAAACAUGGCUUCCCACAGGACAGCCAGAGCGAAACCCUCCACAUCAAAUGCUGGAGAUAUUUCCAAAAUCGACCUUCUGCUUCAUCCAGAACUUCUUUCUCACGAGUUUAUUCAUCUUGUGUUACGCGAGAGGAAGAUAGCAGUGGGUGACGUAGAGGAGCGCGAGCGGCUCACAGAUCUGUACCUGCGGCAUGUGCUCCCUCUCCCGCAGAGGAUGCGUCCGAGCUCCGCCAGCAGUUCAAGCAGAGAUAGUGGCAGGAAGAGGCCGUUGAUUGUGUUUGACGGCAGCUCUACAAACACUGGCAGUGUUAGGAUGAAGAAACCUGAUCCUUCACCAGCUCCAGUCACCACAGACCGACCAAAGCCCCCAGUUUCCAGCAUCAAUCUCACAAACUCCAUAUAUAAGCUCUCCGGGACCUCUACAAACUCUUCCUCAAACAAGACCCCAGUGUCAUCACCAGGGGCCGGUCCCAAGAGCCCCUGUAAUCACUCCAAAACUGCCAACUCCUCAGCACAUUCAAACAACACCACGUCGAAACUAAAGCGCACGUCCCCCAGCGAUGGAGAACCCCACACUAGUGACAUUAAGUCACCUGAAACAAAGAAAAAGAUUCAACAUAUCCCAUGGCCAUAAUCUGAGAAGUCAUCUAGGAUGGACGGUAAACGCCACUGAUGUCGUCCGCUGGGUCUCUGAGGCAAAGAGAGACUCGUGAUGAGACAUGAAUUUGAAAAACGGGUUCUCCUCACUCAUCUUUACUCACCAGCGUCUGGGAAAAUGACUCUGGUUAAUUCCACACUCGGCAACGCAUCGGCUUUUGGCUUGAUGUGUGAUGAAGGAACUGAGACAUUCCUAGCAGUUGUAUGUUAGACUGAUCAGUUUUUCCCUUUUUUAGCAAUAUGUUUAUAGAAAUAUAUUUUUUUGCAAUGAAAAAACUUUCUGUUGUGAGUGAAUCAUGUUGGCGAUUCUAAGAGGAGAUGGAUGGAAAGUGGACCUGUCUGUGUCAGAUGUCCGCUGUGUUUUACUGACAUAGGAGCAUUCAGAGUAACUACUGAGUGGCAUUUUGAAGAAAUCUCUUAUUUUGCCAAUAAAAUGUUUCCAUUUAUCAGUAUUUUAAAUUAGAUAGGCAUGUCCAAGUGCUUUGGGCGAUAUCAGGUCAAUUCCUUGCCAAAAAAAAAAAGACCAAAAUACAUUUUGCAAGUUAGAGUUAUGCAACAUAUCAGAGAGAUGAUUAGACAUUUAAAAAAGAUAAUAAAGGUAAUUAUCCUCACAUUUACAGCUUAAUCUUUAGAAUCAAUUCUCUUCUUCUGUCUCCAAGUUAAAGCAAGCUGAAAUGUCUCUCCUGAAAUAAAGAAAAUCUGCUUCUUGCUGUUCAUACAC